UGCAAGGCAGAGAUCGUCAUUUGGAACGUCUUCUUGGGACUUAUUACCUGGCUAAGACUACCGCGUCUCGCAUGGUGCAGCGCCCCCAUAAACAGCUGCAACCCCUAUGCAGAGACGGAUUUCUCGGCGAAAUGUGACUUCUAUACGUUCUCUUGAUCUUUCGGUUUCGUUUCAUGUCGGCAUGCGGCUCGAGGGAGGUA